AUGAUUAUUCUUAAAUUAUUUUUAGUAACUCUAGUGAUAAAAAUAUGUCACACGGAAUUUAUGCAAGUAUUCCAUCCCUUUAACCCAGCAAUUGCACCUUUGGUGCCAAUAUGUCCUCCACCACAACAACAACUCAUGACACCACCACUUAAAAUUUCGCCGGCAAAUACUACGGUCUUGGAAAAACCUAAAGAUAAUUUAAAAUUUCUAUUACCCUUCAUGGACAUGGAUAUACAAUAUGAUCGUAAUAUACACGUUAUGCAGGAUGAACAAAAUCAACAAAUCUAUAUUUUACAUGGCCAUGAACUGUAUCAAAUGUUUAUCAGUCGUCAAGAGAAACGCUUAAGCUUGUUGGGUCUGUUGGAAGGUAGUGUACGUCAUGUGGAACCUUUAGGAGCAAAGAUUAUCUAUUGGCAAGGUAAUCUUUUGUUGGUUAUAGCAUUGGAUGAACAUUUAGAGGUGUAUCAAUUGUCCGUGGAUGUUCUUACACAGCGUGCUGAAAUUGUAAGAGAUCCUGCCCGGGCACAUGAGCCGGCUCCCAUAUUUGAAGCCAUACAACAAUUGACUUUAACAGGUAGAUUUCAAAAAUUAUUUUUGUUUUCCCCGGCCGAGGAAAGGAUCAUGAUUGCGGCAGCAGUAAAUUUUACAAAGUUGUAUGGAAAAUUUAGAACAUUUGAAUGGUUUAAUACUUACUUUGAUCCUGUAGAAGAGAUAACAGUUCCCGCAAUACAUGUGGUCAAUGUUAUUGGUGCUCAAACAAAAUACUUGGUUACGGGACGGGCGAUUAAACAUCAAACCAGGACCAUUUUAACUGUUUACGAAAUAACAUCACCUACACUACGGCUACAGGUCAAACAAACUCUUACAGUACAAUCUCGAGUAGUCCAUAUAUUUACUUAUCGCCAUCGUAAUAUGAUCGUGGCUUGUUCAAGUAAACAACAAAAAUGUAGUUCUUUCCGUCAAAUGCCAGAUGGCCAUUUUAGUGUCUAUAGACAUCGUACUCCCAAGGAAUUUGCCUUUGAUAUGUUGUCAUCGUCAGCUAGAUUUGUUGGUGCUACGCGUCAAAAUCAAGUAAUGAUUUUCACCAAUCAUCGCUUAGAUUGUUAUGGCAGCUUUACAUCGGAUCAAAUGGAUGUUACAAAUUUGUUGGGCCAUCAAAAUGCAGAUAAGGAGGAUUAUUUGCUGCUCGUUUAUAAAAUACCAUUUAAGAUGUUGAUGCGUAUAGUGGAAUUGGAAAUAAAUGUCAGUGAUUUGGCUACUGUUAAUCAAACUGAACCGGAGGAAAUUUUAGCUUCAACUCGCCACCAACAUCUCUUCGAAUCGACAGUUGGCCAGUUGCGCAGUACACUUUUGCAGCGUAAAAUGGACAUGGAUGUAUUGCGUAAAGUUUCACACAUUAUAAGACCCAAACUAAAAGAUCUUGAUGUGAUAGAACCCUUGACAUUACAAUCAGGUAAUGUGGGCAUUAUCAAAAUCGUCGGAGACUCUUUAAGAAGCCCUCAACAAGUAUUACAAAAAAUUGAGAACCUUAGACAAACUUAUCAGCCACAGCGUUCGAAACGUUCCGAUAAUCAGGGACCCUUCAAUAUAACCCUGGAAAUUACAAAUCGUGUUAAAGUGCAGAGAAUGAAAGUUAAAAAUUUAAUAUAUCAAGGAGAUGUUAUAGAAGGUUUCUCUUUGAAUCGUUCCAAUAACCAACAAAUAUUCUUAAACAUUAAACCAAAAGUAACCACCCAAACUUUAAACGCCACCGAUUUGUUGCUGCCACAAAAUAUACGCGAUACACGUCAACACAAUAUCCCAGAUUUAUUUUUCGAUUUAAUGCCCAUCGUUCGAGUUAAACAUUUAAAAGUGUUCUCUAUUAAUGGCAUUCCGUGGAAUGUUCUUUAUAAUUCAUUGUUUUUGAAAAAUCGCGAUAAAUUAAUACAAGGACGUGUGGUAAUGCAAUCCCAACUGAAUGUCAAUCAUGUGACGGUGACUGUUUUAAAUGGUUUAACUGUUUCCAAUCUCUUCAAUUUAAAACAUCCUCAAGUUAUACAUUCCGAUUUAGUGAUAUCACGUUUCUUUGUUCACGAUUUGAAGGCGAAAACGGUGAAUGGUUUAAAUUUCGCAGAGGACAUUGUGUUUAGUGGAAACGAUACGUUUAUUGAAACACCUGUUAUAAUGCAUCAUUUAAGCAUUUCCGGAGACCUUAUAUUGGCAGACAAUACAAAAGUUGAGCGUCUCGCAGUCAAUCCCGAAGAAAUAGAGUUUAAACAAUUUUACACCAACAAGGUUAUUAUCAAUGGCAGUUUAAUAGUGAAUAAUCUAAAGAGAGAAAACGAUAAUAAAACUAAAAUCAUAUUGGGAGACGAGGAAUUCGAUGAGAAAGAAAUUAAAGAAAAAUAUUUGUUAAGAGAAGAAGCCCAGAAUUUCAGUUUCCCCAUAAUAUUUGAUGAGGCCAGAGUAACAGCCCCUCAUUUGGAAAGUAACUAUUUGAAUGACCACAAAACAGAGCAGCAUAUGUUGUUGGAUAAAGUGGCUAACAGCAAACCUUUAUUGGUGGUCUUUAUGAAUGCUCAUGUCCAGGGAGAUGUCAUAUGUCGAGAUUAUAAAUCCAAAAUAGCAGAAAUAAAGGAAAACAUUAUACGACCAGGCGACAAGGUCAAUAUAACGGGUACAAAAUUAUUUGAGGCUCCUUUAGAGGUUAAUAAAAUGCAAACCUUGUCUUUGAAUAAAAAACCAGUAAAAGAUUUUGUUUUCAAAACUCUGUUAAAACAUAAUGAAACCUUGCAAUUUAAAGAUCUAAAAACCUUUACAAAGAUCAAAGUAAAUAAUUCUUCAUUGGUUGAUAAAGAACUACAGGCAUCCUAUUUGAAUAAUUUGCCCUUGGAAGAUUUACUCAACAAUGAUUAUUACAUGGAUCGUUUGUAUGUGCCUCAUUUGGUGGAAACGUCUAAUAUAGUGUUUCAUAAAAUUAAUGGUAUACCCUUUGAUACGUUUUUCAAUAAACUUAAUGUUAAAGAUGAGCGUUUAGUGCUGCACAAGGAUCUAAUAGUGGAGGGUAAUAUACAAUUUGCUCAACCUUUGGAAUUAAAUUCUAUAAAUGGCAUAGUUUGGAAUGAGUAUGUGGACAGUUUGGUGCGCCUCAAUGAGAAUGCAGUUAUCGAAGGAGAUGUGUGUUUCUAUGAUGAUUUAACUAUAACCAACAAAUUUGAAACAUCAGAAAUAAAUGGUUCUGAUUUGGAAAUGAUCCUGAAAAAUGUGCUAAUGCAAACCAAACCCCAAUUGAUAACUGGUUUAUAUCACUUCGAUAAUAUAAAUGCCUCGAACAUGGAUGUUUUGAAGAUAAAUGAGGUUAAUGUUAAGGAAUUUAUGGAGUUAACGAAAAACCUUACGGAAAUCGAAGGUGAUAUUAUAGUGGAUAAACUAAAUAUCGGAGGAAAUUUGCAGGGCAAUUUAAAUGACUUUGAAAAGCUGUUAUAUGUAACAGAGAAAGUGAGGCAAUUAACAGCCAAGUCUUGGAAAAAUGUAUAUGUUUUAAAUAAUGCCAAUUGGCCAAAAAAUGUUAGCGAUAAUGCCCAACAGGAACUAAUGAAAUAUUUUUACAAAUCAGCUGUGAAAUCAAAUCAAGAUCAGAUUAUAACAGGCAAUGUCAAGAUCUCUAAGCCUUUAAUAACAAAAAUGCAAACCCGUUUACAAUUUCCCUCAAAUGUAGACCUGGAUUUUAUACAUCAGGAUGGUUUGCUUAAGAAUUCCUCGCUAAAGCAGACAAUAAAGGGGGGAAAAGUUUUCAUAAAACCCUUGUACAUGGAAACUUUGCAAGCUGAACGUCAUUUGUAUGGAAAAUUCUUAAAUAAAAUUGAUAUUUCACGUUUCAAUCAAUCACUAUAUCGUUUAACAAGUCAGCAGCCUUUACAGGGUCCCUUGAAAUUUCUCAAACCCCUAACUAUAGGACAUUUACAAGUAAACGGAUUAAUUAAUAGCUUAAACUCUUCCCUAAUAUAUCAGUUGAAGCCCAACUCCACCAUGCCGCCACUAAAACUUCAUGAAUUGUAUAUCGAUAAUGAUUUGCAUAUAACAACGAUCAAUGAUAUGAGUUUGGAAUAUUUUCUUGAUAAUCGCGUAACCCUGAAGGGACCAGCUUUGGAACACUUUGGUGUUUUAACAUUUGAACAUUUAGUUAUCGAAAAAGAAGCCCUUAUGCAAAGCAUCAAUGGUAUACCUAUCGAUAAUUUGGUAUUCAAACACAGUCCACAUUUGCAAACCAUUACGGGUCAUAAAACUAUAGAAAAGUCAUUGGAACUAGCUGGACCGGCUCAUAUAAUGCGUAUAAAUGAUAAAGAUUUAAUGGAAUUGUAUCGUAGUACUUUAAUGAAAGAAAAUAACUAUCAAUUCGAUAACUUGUUAAUCGAACAGGCAACAUUUGAAAGAGGUUUACAAGUGGUCAGAAAUUUAAAUUCUAAUUUCCAGCAAAGAUCAUUUUCAGAAACUGAAGACAUACCGGGUAAAAACAAAGAGAGUUUCCUUAGAUUCUUAAGGGAAUUCAAAGAAAAUAUAACCUCCUCAGCAAAAGAUAUCCUAUAUUUAGAUUAUGAUUUAAGUACUUCGAUAAAAUGGAAAGAUAUUAAGAAUAUCACUGCACAAAAAUCUCUACUAUAUGAAUUAUCACGUAUAUCCUGCUGUGAGAAACAAUAUUUGCAAAUUUCUUUACCCCAAACAAACAUAAUUUAUUUACAAAACAUCACCAGUAAUCGCUUAACUUCCACAACUAAUAAAAUUUCUGUAAAAGCCGAAAACUAUUGUAAACUCCAGUACCGUAAAGUGAAAUCAAAAGUUACCAUUACAGGCCACAAGUUAUUGAAAGUGUUUGGUAUGAAACGUUAUAUAGAAACCAUUUAUACACUAAACAUCGAUAACUCCUCUGAUCAUUUUGUUAUAUUGCAUGCCUUAGAUUUCCCUUCAUUAAAACGCAAUGAAGUUCGAAUAUUUAAAAUUUCCACACAAAAUAACAGCAUUAGCGAUUGGCAGGGUUUGACACAAAAUAUAGGAGAACAAUUGAAAUUCUAUAAAUUUCCUAACUUACAUAUACUCCUAACCAACGGUUUAAUCGAUCAUCAUCCUGCUCUAACAAUUUAUCAUUUCAAUUACACUACACAGCUGUUUAAGCUACAACAAAUUAUCGAUGGUGAUUACGAUAUUAUGGAAAUGAUUGAAAUGCCUAAUGCAGCCGCUACGAAACAGUUAAUUGUAUCUUGUUCCAAAUGCCAACGUAUAUUUAUUUAUGAAUUUAACUCUUCUGAAAAUCCAGCAAAAUAUGAAAUUUUCCAAAUUAUAUCUUUAAAAUCAUCUAUUGAUAAAUUAAUAAUGUUUUCUUUGCACAACGAUUAUUAUAUGUUGGUGGUGUCUCAAAGGGAUUCGAAUUUUUAUAAUAUUUAUAAAUAUUCUUAUAUCCAGGGUUGGCGUCAUUUGACCUUUGGCUAUUUUCCAAAUUUACAAAUGUCCAUACCGAUUAUGGAAUUGUGGAGUAGAGAUAGUAGUUUAGCUAAAUCGCAAAGUUCUGCUGGUAUACCAUUAAUUUUACUUUGUAAUUUAGAAGAUUGUUAUUUAGUUAAAGCUAUUGUUUAA